AUGUUGGGUUCGUCGUCUCAUUCUCCUCGUCAAGAUGAAAAUCAAGAUUUACAACUAGAUCUACCUCCACCACCACCCCCACCGCUGCCGGUGCCGCCGCCACAGUUACAUCAGCUGCACUCAUCGACGACAUCCUUCCAUUUCCACCCGCAGAUCCAACAACAUAACCAUCGAGAGCCUCAGAUUAACAACAGUCAGAAUGUACCCUCCAUCCAUAUGCGCCAACUCCUCCUGAGCUGCGCCCAACACAUCUCCCGCUCUGAUCUUUCCGCCGCCCACCGCCUCAUCACCAUCCUAUCCUCCAACUCUUCCCCUUACGGCGAUUCCUCAGACCGAUUAGUCCACUCUUUCACCAAAGCGCUAUCCCUCCGCAUUCGUCUUCACCCUCCGCCACCUCCCACUUUCCCCAAUAUGAUCAAUCCACCACUACCAAUCAUCAAUACUACCGUUAAUAGUAGUAGCAAUUUUAUGAUGACUCAACGUUGUAAUACUUCUUUCAAUUACAUUGAUCAUUAUGGUGAUACAAUUCUCCAAUCCUCGUAUUUGUCCCUCAAUCAAAUAACUCCAUUCAUUAGGUUUAGUCAGCUCACCGCUAAUCAAGCCAUCUUAGAAGCCAUUGAUCAAUCUCAUCAACAUCAGGAACAGCAACAACGUCAAUCUUCCAUCAUUCCGGAUCCUCAAAAUAUUCACAUACUUGAUUUCGACAUCAUGCACGGUGUUCAGUGGCCGCCUCUAAUGCAAGCCAUCGCGGACAGAUAUCCUCCUCCAUCCCUCCGUAUUACCGCCACCGGCACAAACCUCAAUAUCCUUCGACGUACCGGUGACCGGCUCUCUAAGUUCGCACAUUCCCUCGGACUCAGGUUCCGUUUCUACCCACUUCUACUCCCACACACAAACAACGAAAGCGUCGACCACCUCAUCGACCACCUCUCCGCUGUCCUCCUUCUGCCUAACGAAAUGCUAGCGGUCAAUUGCGUCCUCUACCUCCACCGCCUCUUGAGAAACCGAGACAAACUCUGCUUAUUGCUCAGAAAGAUCAAGUCCAUGAACCCUAGAGUAGUUACGUUGGCAGAGAGAGAAGCCAACCACAACCAUCCAAUAUUCCUGUCCAGGUUUACGGAGGCUAUGAGCUAUUACACAGCUGUUUUCGAAUCGCUAGAGGCAACGCUACCGCCAAACAGCAGGGAGAGAAUUGAGGUGGAGCAAGUGUGGUUCGGGAGAGAGAUCGCAGAUAUAGUGGCGGCGGAGGGAGAAAACAGGAAAGAAAGACACGAGCGAUACCGAUCCUGGGAGGUGAUGAUGAGGAGUGCUGGAUUCCGAAACGUUGCGCUCAGCGCUUAUGCGCUUUCACAGGCCAAGCUGCUGUUGAGACUCCAUUAUCCUUCUGAAGGUUAUAAUCUUGAGGCCAUCAAUAACUCUUUCUUCCUAGGUUGGCAAAAUCAGCCUCUUUUCUCUGUUUCUUCUUGGUUUUAA